ACGUCUUUCACCGAUCGUGACGGUCAAUAAAAACUUUUAGUGAAUAAGAAAAUGAUUAAAAUUGUAAUUUACACAAAAAUAUCAAUUAGAGGACGACGUGCCGGCAAAAUAUCUCCGCUAAUCAGAAACGCGCUGGCUGUGACUUCCAUAAAAUUUGUUCUUUCUGAGCGAAAGUAGACCAGAAAAUAGUACUUUUCGAUAGGAGAUCUAGAAAUAGUAUAUUACGUAUCGAGGCUGGAAAAGUAUCGUAAUCCAAACAAAUCACUAUGCAGCAUCGAUCAGAGUGUUGGUAAAUCAAACGUACGGCAAUGACAACAAUGACGACAACGACGACGACGAUGAUGCCGUGGCUUCAACGGAAGACGCCGAGGCAGAACUACGCGACCGCUACCGUCGACUAAUUCCUUACAUGACGUACUACGUGGUUAACAAUUACGUGAGAAGGCCACAACAGCAAGUGAAGAACGCGAAAUACCAGCAACCAAUGACCCAAGAUGAACGAUUUGUGCCUUCGGUACAGUACGACCCCAAAGAACUUGGUCCUGAUAGCGACACUUUUUUACCUCUCAGGUAUGACGACAAGGGUAGUUACGAAGAUUACACUGCUGUUCGAACACCAAAACCUGUUGCUAUCCUUCAAAGUACAAUACCCGAGAUACGCUAUCACACGACCAGCCCUCCGGAGUACACAAAGCUUGUGUCAGCGAAACCAGCGCAACCCGAUUACCCCAGUUACGGCCAAGAAUUCGAGUCUGUGCGUUUCGUGCCACAGUUGCCAAAAGCACCACCACGAUCAUCAUCAACUGUGAGAUACGCAACGACACGGCCUUCGCCACAAACUCCACCCAGGGUCAGCUUGAAUCACGUGCUAAAGAGUUUACAGCUAACUAAUCAAUUACCCGAGGUGUUGAGUAAAGACAACAUCGACAGUAGCAUCAAGACUCUUGUCGAUAUUUUGAAUAUUCUUAAUGCUGGCAAGAAGGAGAACUACCCGUCGACGUAUGGGAAAUUGAAAACAGCCCCAAACACGAAAUCAAAAGUUAUCACGGAGUCCAACUACGAAGCUACACAAUUCUCACUGGCACCGCAACACGACGAAUUCAAAACCGCGCGACCCUACGUCAAACAGUCAAAAAUUCCAUACGAAGAUUACAUCGAGACCAAACCAUUAAAUCCCUACGUCAAUCAAAUCAAAACCCCAUUGGCGAUAUCUGCCGACAACUUGGUUGGACAAUUGAAAUCGACAAGACCUUACCUUCGUCCUAUCCAAGGAUUCACAACCCCGAUUCCUACGGAAGACUUAGUUGACAUCAAACCAAUUUCAACGUAUGUGAAACAAAUGAAAACUCCAAGCCAAGAUUUGCUUGAUUUGAAACCCUACGUAUCCUACGUGAAACAAGUAAAAGCUCAACCAACAGUACCCAAUGAUGAGUUGAUCGACAUCAAGCCUUACGUCGAUCAAGCGCAGAUAAAUCAUUAUACAAAAGCUUCAGUGCCAAUCCGAUACGAUGACUUGAUCGAAGUUAAGCAACCGAUGAGCAUCUACCUCGAUCCGUCGAAAAUACCUCAAGAGAGCUUCGAGCAAGCCAAAACACCAAAAGUUCACGGCGAGGACGACGACGCAAAAACUUACGUGCAAACAACGGAAACGCGUACGCCGAUGCCACCCACGCAGGACAUUCAGAAGAUCGUUCAGUACUACGUGCCCAUCGUUCAGGACAUCGAUGAGGAGACAGCUGUAGCUUAUAAACCUGUCAAUAAAGAUCCAGCGAUGUCGCCAAGUAUCGAACACGCAUCGAAAAAUAAUUACAUCCAUCAGGAUGCGAUUCUUGAGGAUGAAAGACUAACGUUACCAGUGAAUACCGAAGAACCACCGAAAAUAGCUGAACCGACUAUACCGCCAGUUUUGAAGUACGGUGCUACACGUGGAAAGCCUCAUGUCGACUAUCCAGCGUACACUGAGAUACCUGAAACGGAAUUCAGUUGUAAACAGCAGAGGUACAAAGGCUUCUUUGGUGAUCCUCAGACUGGCUGUCAGGUCUGGCAUUACUGUGACUUGAAUGGUGGUAAGUCAUCGUUCCUGUGUCCAAAUGGAACGAUAUUCAAUCAAGUAGCUUUGACCUGUGACUGGUGGUUCAAUGUCAAAUGCGAAUCAACGACACAGCUGUACGUACUGAACGAACGUCUUUACAAAUACAUCCUACCGGUGAUGCCCAAAUUUCCCGAAGAUUUCACGGGACCAGAAGUCGACAAAUAUCUCGAGCUCAAGUUCAAGGAGAUGGAGGCCAAGAUGAUGAUGGAGAAGAAAAAGAAGAAAGAGGAACGGCAAGAUGAAAAGGAUAAAAGCCCAAUCAAUACUCUGCAGUCUAUUGAGGACUCCAAGAAACGUUGAUUUGCGUUUAUACGUACAUCAGGCAGAAGUAAUUUACGUAUUGAAAUUUCUUAGUUAAAAAUCUUACAGUACUGUAUUUGUCAUUUAUUGAUGAAGAAUUCGACUAUUACUUCUGUUAGUUUUGUAAAUUUUCAAAGCAUCGUUGCCAUU